AUGAUUGGUCUAACCCAAAUUGCCCAAUCACCAAUGGCAAAUGCAUCUUGCACGAGCUCUGAUUGGUUCUACUUCAAGUACUUUCUCACAUGUAGUGGUGGUACGUCGCACCCGCUCACGAAUUGUGGGACGCGCGUUCUCUUCUACUUCAGUCGUAGUAGAGUUUUUGCUGUAGCUAUGUGUGACGUCAGGUGCGAAGAUCUCCGUAGCUCAAGAAAUUCCUCCACUCACCUGGCUUCCAACGAUGAUGACAGUCAGUGGGUUGAUUGCGGGCGCAAACUGAGAGGGAAUAAAACUUCCAGUCUUAAAGAGGAAGAGGAAUUCGCUCAGAAUAACACGUCAAUACUUGAAGAUCUUCCUCUGGAAUUAUGCGAUCCAAUGAGAAGGAAAAUUACGUCACUGAAACCUUCACUCACACCCGGCGCUGGCACACGCAUUGUGAGACGGAGAAAACCUUUCAAACAGAACACCGUGGAUGAACCCGCGUGCGAUUCUAAAGAGGCCUUCCGUGAGUGGCGUGAAGCCAUGCGUUCCAUGGCACGUCUCCCUGAGGGCAUUCCAAAUCAAUUCCGUCGGAAGAUAUGGCUCAUCUUAGCCACUCAUCAACUCAAUUCCCAGCACAUUAAUUGGCCUCGUUUGGUGCAGACAGUUUUUGCGCCUCGAAGUUUGGCACAAGGCGCCUCAGAAGCGGAGGAGAGUCUAGGAAGGCAAAUCGAGAAGGAUCUCCAUCGAACUGGCUUCUGUUCGUUUUUUGGCCAGUCGAAAGCCGAUAGGGAGGCGUUGAAACGUGUGCUUACCGCGUAUGCUAGGUGGAAUCGACGAGUGGGAUACUGUCAAGGUUUCAACAUUCUCGCCUCGCUUAUUCUCACUGUCAUGGAGAGAGAUGAAGAAGACGCUCUUAAGGUCAUGAUUUGCCUCGUGGAUUACAUCCUACCCGAAUCCUACUUCGCUCGAAAUCUCCAAGCCCUCACCGUCGAUGUCACAGUCUUCCGGGAUCUUCUUGCUUUCUGCCAACCCAAUUUGGCGGCGCAUUUGCAGAGGCUUCAAAAGGAAGCAGCAAUUUUAGCAAUUGAGUCAAUGAAUUACGGUUCCGAUAGCGCCACAAGCAAGAAACCAAAGUCCGAAUUUGAGCCUCCACUCACAGAUCUCUACGCAAUCCAGUGGUUCCUGACCCUCUUCUCCACCACUCUUCCAAUGAGCACCGUUUUGCGAAUUUGGGACGCUGUUCUUCUGGAAGGUUCAGAAGUUGGUCUUCGCGCAGGUCUGGUGGUUAUGGAAAUUCUCUCUGAUAGAGAUCUAAUGCAACUGACGAGUGCAGACAAGUUUUACUCCAGCAUGACUCAGUGGUUGGAGGAGAUCGCCGAGGGUAAUUCCAAUGUCUCCACAGCCGAGUUCAUUCGUCUAAUGUACGAAAUAGCCCCUUUGCCGUGGCCUCGGUUGGAGAAUUUGCGUCGUCAAUACACCGCUGCAAGUGAGGGGGGUAAAGUGCCCACUCUACGUUCUCCGAAAUUCUAUGGCGAUGGAUAUGAUGAGGUCGCUAGUCGAAGUAAGGUGAAAUGGUGGUGGAAUAUCAAACCACGUCAAAUAGAGGAACCGACCAAGUCUCCACAAAGAAGUAAGGCAAGACUUCACUCAACCCCAAGCAUGCUCGUUCCAAAUCAAGAACCGAAUUUUAGAAGGAGUGUUGAAUGA